CUAUCACCACACCAUUUCCAUUGCAAACAAACAAUGAUGUGUUUGAAAACACACCUCUCUUUUCCAUUCCGCACCCCUUCAUCACCAUCUCCAAAACACCUCACACACCACCUCCGUUCCUUGCCGUUCAGAUCCACGAUCAAGAUGUCAUCAUCAACCCAAACCAAAACCAUCGAACACAUCGUCCUCUUCAAAGUCAAAGAAAACUCCGAACCCUCAAAAUUAACCUCCAUGGUUAACGGACUCAGUUCCCUCAUCUCCCUAGAUCAAGUCCUCCAUCUUACCACAGGCCCUCUCCUACGCAACCGCUCCACUGCGUUAACGUUCACUCACAUGCUUCACAGUCGGUACAAGUCCAAAGAGGAUCUCGAAGCUUACUCUACACAUCCGAGUCCUAUUGGUGUCGUUAGAGGAAGCAUUCUCCCGAUUAUUGAUGAUCUAAUGGCGGUGGAUUGGGUGGCGGAGGAUAUUGACAGUGGUGAAUUGGUUCCGAAUCCGGGGUCGGCAAUUUAUGUAACAUUUUUGAAGUUGAAGGAGGGGGUUUUUAACGAUGAGGUUUUAAAAAUUAUAACUAUUAAAAAAUAUAAAGAUAAUUAUUUCUUCAAAGUAAAGGAUAUU